UAAAAACUUCUACUUGGAUUAAUAAUAAUAUGUCACAGGCGCAUUUUAUCAACGAUGAUGAUAAGCAGCCCAAGCUGGAGGCCAUUAAGGAUGCAGUGAAGUGCGAGCAAACUGGCCACAUUAUGGAGGCGAUAUUGCUCUACGAGGAAGGCAUAUUCAAGCUCAACCAAUUGUCGUCCAGCUCAGAUGCGAGAAAGCAACAGCUAUACUCGGGAUAUCUCGAGAUGUACGAGACGCGCGCAAAGCAGCUCAGGGAUCAGGUGAAGGCGCAUUUGCAUGACAGCAAAAUGCUGGAUCACCUCACAAUCGAUAGAGAUGCACGCGGCCGAAGCUAUCAGCGACUGCUCGGCGUUUAUCUCGAUGACAGUGUGAGGGAGGCGCAUCUGAACGAGCCAUAUCUGAGCGCGGAGCAUCAGUUCAAGAAUCUGAUCAACUUCUUCGAGGUGCUGGUGAAGAAUUGUCGCUAUCUCAAGUACAUACGACUGACGACACGGCCGGAUGCAAGUGCGCCGGGCAGUCAGUUGCAGGCACUUCAACGGAUACGCGACGAUCUGGCCACCGGCAACAUACACAUGAAUUUCCAGCUAGACGAAACACUGCACGACCGCAAGAUCGUGCUCAGCUCGGGCAUAAUCAUCCGGAUUGAACGUGGCCUCCACUAUUUCAAGCCCAUCGAGCACGGCUACAGUUUGGGCCAGUGCGACUACGAUUUUCGCAAGUGCCUCGCCACCGAGGUGGAUGUUUGGAAGUGUCGCGCCUUUGCCAAGCCAAUCAGACUAGAACAGGAGCGCACAAGUUCGUACAAGCAGCCAAGGAUCAAGGAUAGCCACUCAAGUGAUUAAAUUGCGAGCAACUCUUAAAGAUAUGCUAAAUUUAUUGUACAAAUAGAGAUCAAAGUGAAAAUUGUAUGUAAAACUAAAGAAGAAUAUAGAAAAAGAUAUAGAGCUAAAUUA